CUUUGGGAUGGGCCAAGAUUAACACAUGGAGGUAUUUAAACCUUUACCUAGGUAGGAUGGUCUGGCAUGGGAUUAACAAAAAUUUGCAAAUACUUUAGGCUUUGAUAUUUAUUGAUAUUUAAAGACUAGAUGCUCUGAAGUUCUCAGGUCUAGCAUGUAGUUGCUUCCUCUCAGUGUCAGUGUUGCUGAUGACUACCUUCAGCUUCUCAAAGCAUCCUGAAACCAAUACCAGCUUUCCCUCAAUAURUGAAAUGGCCAGUACAAUUGGGAUGACCCACUCAUAGGAAAAAAAUCUGGCAAAUAUGAAGAAUAUAUUUUGAAAGCUCAAAACCCUAAUAGGAUACAGAAAGAAUUAAUUUCCAUUUAAGAAACUCAGUAAUUUAAAGCAAAUUUCACAACUUAGGAUGCACCACUUUGACUCAUCCAUUUUCUGAUGUUUAGGUUUUGUAGCAUUGCUACACAUUCUGCUUAUGGUGGUGACUUGUACCUAAUCCAGUGCUUUUUCCUCGGGGGAGCGGAGGAGUUGCAUCGAUCUGAAAGUAGCUAUUGUGCUACUGAGGCAAAGAAAACUACCGCUGGAUUUACGAUGAGAGCUCAAAACACAUUUUUCUAAGCAGGGAGGGAGCAUCUGCUGCUGGGAAUCGCCGCUGGAAUGCGUAGUGAAGGGCGGAAUAAGACUUUGCAGAUGGAAAAAAUAAAGGCACGACUAAAAGCAGAAUUUGAAGCCCUGGAGUCUGAGGAGAGGCACCUGAAAGAAUAUAAACAGGAAAUGGACCUGCUGCUGCARGAGAAAAUGGCCCACGUGGAGGAGCUGCGACUGAUCCACGCUGACAUUAAUGUGAUGGAGAACACUAUCAAGCAGUCUGAGAAYGAUCUUAACAAGCUCUUGGAAUCUACUCGUCGCCUCCAUGAGGAGUACAAGCCCCUAAAGGAGCACGUCGAUGCCUUGAGGAUGACUCUGGGAUUGCAGAGRCUGCCAGACCUGUGUGAAGAGGAAGAGAAACUGUCCCUUGACUACUUUGAAAAGCAGAAAGCAGAAUGGCAGACAGAACCACAGGAACCUCCCAUCCCAGAGUCUCUGGCUGCAGCUGCAGCAGCUGCCCAACAGCUGCAAGUGGCGAGGAAGCAAGAUACCAGACAGACAGCAACUUUCAGACAGCAGCCACCUCCAAUGAAGGCAUGUUUAUCGUGUCACCAACAAAUCCAUCGGAAUGCGCCCAUAUGUCCACUCUGYAAAGCAAAGAGCCGGUCUCGGAAUCCCAAAAAGCCCAAGAGGAAACAGGAUGAAUGAAAUCCAGAAGACUGACAAGCUGUGUGACCUAUCCCAGUACUCUUCCAGUAGAACUGCAAAUUUGCCCAGACUUUACUGAAUUGCAGACACAAGUAUCACCGUUUCAUUGUUUUCUAUUUAAAUACAAUGUAAGCACAACGUUCCUGCUCUAAGUUCCUUCCAGUCUUCAGGAUUUGGUUUUAGGAAAGUAAGUAUUACUGGUGCUACAGUUUAACUUUUCAAUUGUUCCAUCUUUUGUACUCCUAAACAAACUGGAAUUCUUUCUUUAAUGUGCAAGUAUCCUAAAUGUCAGGCUAUUUCUAUUUGCCAAAUGUGGUGACCACAAAUGCUUUUAUGUUCUCCUUUUAAAAAACAAAUGUUACCAAAAGAUUAUUCUGUUUUCUCCUGAUAACAGGAGACUAUUGGAAGUGCUGAAAUAUCAGACUGUCUGUUCACUGAAGAGCAAUUUCUUUUCCAAUCUCAUAAGACUGGGUAGGUUUUGGUAUCCAAUGCAACUCCUUUUAAAYAGGAAAUGUUCAGGGAAAACGAGAUAUAUUACGCCGAAAGGCAGUGCAUUAAGGACACACAUGGGUUUUGAUUUACUGAAGUUUGAUUGUACCAUUUCCUCAAACUUGACUUAAAACUUGGAAAGGUGCUGACUGUGGACAAGUUUCUAAAACUGAUGUCAUCUGUCAUGCUUUAACAUCUUAAUAGGCUAUUAAGAUUAUUUCAGCAGUUGAAAGACUGAUUGACUUAAGAACAAAGCUCAAAUGAACGGUGUUAGUGGUUCUCCUAGGCUCUAUGGCCAACCAGCACACUGUGGUUCUCUAGGAAACAUGCAUGAUAUAUCCCAGAUCUCUGUGUGCACAGACUGCACAUCAGCUAUUCUGCAUUUUUUCUAUUCCUGGUUUCUGCAGCCAAAGUCUGGCAGACAUAUCCUCCAUGUUCAGGAACAUGCAUGAGGAACAGUUCCAACAAAAAGUGAUAUAUUUCACCAGAACUCAAGAGCUUUGGUGUUGUUAUCCUCCUUCAACCAGAACUUUCUAUUAUUUUUUAUCUUUUAAUAGGUCAUUUUCAAGUAAGCUUUACAUCAGGCCAGUUUGUUUUCUGGUUCCCUGUGUGCCAAAAGAACCCUGACUAAAGCAUCUGGAGUAGAUCACUCCCUGUAUGUCCUCCCUUUGUUUCUUGUAAUUUAACAACAGUUCUUCCAAUGGAUGGCAGUGACCCACUUACAGAACUGGARCUUAAAAUUURCUCAUCUCUAAUCCCAGUUUUGUGRCCACYUUUGUUGCCUAAAUURAUCUCAAGUAUUAAAUAUUCUUUUCACUAGCUUCAGGAUGCAGAAACUACUUGUUCACAUUUUCUCUCUUUAUCCCAGGUUUCUCUCUACUAUUAUGCUAGAGUGAUUGUAUUGAGAAUUUGUUUGUUAGAUGGGAAGAACAGGGAAGACCCAAGUCUCUGCUYAGAACUUUGCCAAAAGCUGGCAACUGCAAUAAAUCCACAGGAUUCAAAUUUCCUGGCCAGAUCACAUAUGCCACCAUUAAUUUCCUAAGUCUGCCACAAAAAACACGAGUGAUUUAUUGAAUAUAGUCCUAAAACUUAUGCCAGGGUCAGGAGGUAUUCCCCAUUUUAAUGUUAUAUAGCCAAAUAAACAUCUGUCAACURCAGAGACAGAAUGUGGACCACCUGYCCCUGAAAUUAUGUGAAGAGUGGAUUCUGCUUGCUGAAUUACAGGGGUUUGAUCUCUGUGAAAUAGCAAUAAUGGGAGAUAKUCUGACUCCAUGUUCCAAAUGGCAAUAGUGCAUUAUGCAUGUUUUGUAGCACAAGUACUGGAUUCUGCUAUUUUAGAUGUCAGAGUGGUCACAUGCUGUGUGCCCUGUUCAGAGCAAUUCCUAUGGAGUUGAGGGGGAAAUGCACACAGAGUUAAAAGACAGUAUGUGGACUUCCCCAAAGUGCAUACAUGACAGCAGCAUACUUUGGUAAUAGUUGUACAUAAAUUUAAGMAGUAGUGACAAUGGAGUGGGCGAAUGGUCUGCAAUGAAGUAGUGUGAAUAGAAGGAUUGAUUUGUAGAAAUUWCAGCUUACAGUUCUGAAAUAGAUAGGGUUAGUCAUAGUUGCUCUCACUUCACUGUUACUUUGCCAGUUUGUUUCCUUCUUGGGAGAUCUCUGAACUGAAGAAUACUUAAGAUGCACCAUUUACUAAUUUAGUACAWCAGUUUUGUAUUUUUACUUUUUUAAGCUAGUCUUAUGUGCUCUUGUGUUUUACAAGGUUAGGGUAUGUUGGUUUGGGAUUUUUUUUAUGUGAAUAUGACACACUGUGUUUGCAUCAAACAUACUGGUAUUUACAAAACAGUUUUCACAUCCUUGACGAAGUUCUGCCAUAUGAAUAGCAUGAAUUGCUGAGAAUGAGUGUAACUGAAGAUAAGUCAGCAGGGUGCCCUGCCUGCCAAAAGGCCCAACAAUGACCUGGGGUGCAUCAAGCACAGCACUGCCAGCUGACUGUCUCACUCUGCACUGCWCUGGUGAGGCCUGGAGUGCUGGCUGCAGGUUGGGAUGCCUCAGUGCAGGAAUGACAUCAGAGUAUGACAGUGUUCUGGAAGAGCUGGGUGACCGAAUUGCAAAAGCUCUCAAGGACAAGGUCUGUGAGGAGCUGCUGAGGACACUUGGGUUGUUCAGUUUGGAGAAGAGCAGGCUGAGGGGCAUCCUCCUGACAACCUACAACUUCCUCAGGGGGGAAGCAGAGGAGGAGGUGCUGAGCUCCACCUUCUGAUGACCAGCAACAGGAUAUGAGGAAAUAGGAUGGAGCUGCAUUGAGGGAAAUUCAGACUGGACACCAGGAAAACAUUCUUCUUUGAGAGAGUGGUCCGACACUGGUGCAGUGACCCAGGRAAGUGGCCGUGGCACCAAGCCUGUCAGGGUUCAAGGAGCACCAGGAUGAUACUCUUAGCCAUGCAGUUAAAUGCUAGGUGGUCCUGUGAGGAGCAGGGAGUUGACUUGAUGAUCCUUAUGGGUCCUUCAUAGUUGAGAUAUUCUCUGAUUCUGUUUCAAGGAGAUAAAGUUAUGUAUUAGGGAACCAUGGGGGUGGGGGCAGGGAGGGAAGCAGUGUCUUUCAUAGAGAAAGAGUAUUCUUUUCUCUCACAGAAUAAUGACAGAAGUUUAACUGAAGAAUUCUUCUCGUGACAGCCCCAAGCUCUUUUCUCCCAGGCAACUUUCUCAAGAGACUGGAGGAAUAAUUAUGGAAUAUUGAUUUCUUGGCUUUCAGACAGAAGAGGAAGCUGUCUGAAGUACAGUUCUUACCUCAAGUCUACUGCAUUUUUGGUUCAUGGAGCAACAAUGGCUUCUUCCUUUGUAUCUACAGUCUUUGUGGGUGCUUCUUCACUUAGCUUAAAUGUAUUCUUAUUUGGGUCAAAUUCUCUGAAUAGCCACAAUGAGACCCUCCUCAAAGCAUACCAGACUUUUAUGUCACUAAAGUCUGGUUUAACUCUGUCUUUGUCAUUCCUUUUUUAAAAGGCUAUCCAAGUGACAACAAAAUUCUCUUGGUAUAGAUGGUUUCCAGGGUUUUAUCAAACAAUAGUCCUGUUGUUCUGCAACCAAACAGAAAAAAACCCCACAUAAAAUUGCAAGCCUUUCACYGUGCCACCGACCUUAAGCUCAUGGUAAAAGGAUGCAAACAUAUUGUAUCUAAAUGCUUUGCUAUAGAAAUUUUCAUACCCAAACUGGAGUGGAUCAGUUGUCCAGACUUUUGUGCCAAGGACACCAUUAACUAUAGAGAAAAUGUUAGGCARAUUUAAAUACUUGCACUUCCUGAAUUCAACCUUAGCUUUUUAAACGGGACCCUGACUGAACCUGACAGUGGCUUCAACUUACAUAAUCUAAAUUUGAAAGAAUAGACAUUGAUGUAUUUAAAUAUCAUACCACUCAAGAAAUUAAGACUUCACUAGCACUUUAUUUAAAAGUGCUUUAUUCCUUUAUUUUAUGUUUUCUAAUUCCUCCAGCGUAUGUUUUAAUUUUAGCAUUUAGGUAUUCUAGCAAUAUCUGGUGUUUUCACUGGCUUCUGUGUUUUAAGUAUUUUACUCCUGUGCCUCGUAGGAGUAACAGUGUAAGAUCUGUUUAAUUUGUCUGUACAGUCCUUUUUAAUAAAUGUUUGUUUCAUGUCAUGCUUUCUUCCUGCAGAGUAUUUUCAAAUUUGUUAUUUGCUUAUGYUGCUAAGAAGCAGCCAUAACCCAGAUGGUAAAAGCUCUCUG